AUGGCCGGCCGGGGGAGACUCGGGCCGGGCGGCUGCACGGCGGAGCACGCCGGGAAAACGGCUGCCCCCCGACAGGAAGCCUCCGGGGGGAGCGGGGAUGCGGCGGCGCCGCGGCGGGAGCUGCCCGGAUGGAUGCGGCUGUACUUCUACGGGAUGCACGGCGUGACUCUGGACGUCCUGCUGUCGUCGCUGCAGGGGGCGUUCACUGACCGGGACCCCAGGCUGGUGGGCUUCUCGUCCCCGUACCUGUGCGUCGCGCACUCGCUGACCCACUUUGCGCUGGAGAAGAUCUACUCUCAGAAGAGGUGUUUCCGAGGUCGGCCUGUGGUGUUUCACCUCGUCUUCUACCCGUCCAUCUACAUCGGCCUCCAGAUCCUGAUCGGGAACAUCAACACUUUGACCGAGCAGGUGCGCGUGGUGUCCGGGACGCAGCUGGCCGUGCACUACGUCCUGGCCCUGUAUUUCGCCCAGGUGUUCCACCGGGGUCUGGCACAGCUGCAGUAUCGGCCCUGCAGCUCUGCGGACCUCCGGAGGGAGCUCGGCCCUCAGGCCGAAGGUCAGGGGCGCAGACCCGUGCACGCGCUGCCGGGCUUCGCGCGCUUCCUGUUCUUUGGCAUGCACGGCUUUCUGGACGAAGUGCUGUUCACCUCCCUGUUCAAUCUGGUGGAGAAGUCUGACCGGACCCUGAGCGGCCACACGUCCCUGUGGUCCUUCCUCAUGUACGGAAGCUGCAGCUUCGUGGUGGAGAAGCUCUACCUGCAUCUGCAUUUCAGCCGAGGCUGGAGCACCUGGCGGCGACUGCCCAUCUACAUCUGCUUCAUCUACACCUGGGAGUUCAGCUGGGGCUUGGUCCUCAGGCAGUUUGGCGCCUGCUCCUGGGACUACUCCCACUACCCUCACAACUUCAUGGGGCUCAUCACCCUGCUGUACCUGCCCGGCUGGAUCUGCCUGAGCCUCUAUCAGGACGUGCUCUCCGACGUCCUGCUGACCAUUAGGUGCUCUCAUGAUGGACACCACCAGAGCGGAGAGGACGACGGACAGUUAGAGUCCAAGAAAAAGAUUUAG